CGGCAGCAGCUCUUCCACACAGCGGCUUCCACCGCCCUAGUCACCCACCCCCUACUCUUCCCGUCCAAUAAGCACUACUCGUUAGGUGCAUGCGCUAAAGGGAAGAUGCGCGAGAAUGGCAGUUGGGCGGAGCCUAUCCGCUACUGCUCCGCCCUCUGCCCUACUCUCGACUAAAGCUAAUGAGAAGGGUUUCUAACACAAUUGAUAGUCGGAAGAACCAAUCCCACUCCUCCAAGGCACGUGCGCAUGUAGAGCAGCCAGGCGGGCCCCCCGACAUGUGCCUGGUCGGAUUCUGAGACUCCUCGGUCCCUUCGCGUGCCUUUUAUUGAAGAGUAGAAACUGACGGAUGUUUAAACCAAUCAGCCCAGAAACUUUUCUAGGGACUUGGCCGAUCAGAAAGUAUUAGGGCACCUGUCUUCUUAGUAUUUGAAAAAGGGCUACCCAGUGAGGUGGAGUUUGAGAGGGUUAGUGUCGAGCGAUUGAUAACUUCUACCGGUAACGAUUACUCUCCGUCUCGCCUCGGGAGAAACCAUCUUUACUCCAUUUCCAACUGGUUUGGUACAUAAUGGCGUAAUAACUCAUAAUUUUUUUUGUUAAUAAAAUCAUUUGUCUUUGAAACUGGAAGUUUCAAAAGCUAAGACUCAAAGUCUCGGGCUGAACCGCUCGCAGCCCCAAAGUGAACGAAAAUCCCGUUAUCAAGGAGGCGUCACCCUGAGCAAGUCAAUCCUCUGCCCAUUGGCCGCAGUGUCUUCCUGAUAGACGUCCUCCCAGCCCAAUACCUACCUUCGUAGAGCGGGCCUAUGGGAGCCCACGUCGGCUCAGCCAAUAGGGUCAAGGUAGGGGGCGUGGCGGGAGGUUUGAAACUCAGCUUCGGGAGUUAAGACUCAAGCGCUUGUGGACCCAAGGGUGGCAUCGGGGCCCGGCACCCCUUCCUCGCCUCGGGCCGGGCCCUGCCCCACCCUACUUCUCCUGGUAAAGAUGGGCUUGGCCAAGAGCGUCCCAGCCACUCCUGCGCGGCCCCCGCCGCACAACAAGCAUCUGGCUCGAGUGGCUGACCCUCGUUCACCUAGUGCCGGCAUCUUGCGCACUCCCAUCCAGGUGGAAAGCUCUCCACAACCAAGCCUACCAUCAGGGAAACAGCUGGAGGGUCCUAGUCAGACCCAGGACUCCGAUCCCCGCUCUCCUACCCUUGGCAUUGCGCGGACUCCUAUGAAGAGCAGCACUAGCGAGCCUGUUCUGCCCUUGGAGACACCUUCGUCUUCUGAAUUGGACUUGCUUCUGGGCACCCAAUUAUCCCUUGAGGACCAAAUGCCAUCUCUGAGCCAAACUGAGCUCACCUCCAAACAGGUGUUUUCCAAGGAGGAAGCGGGACAGCCCACAGAAACCCCUGUGGCCAGCCAGGGCUCAGACAAGCCCUUGAGAGACCCUGAGACACCCCGAUCUUCAGGUUCUAAGCGUAAUAAUAGAUGGAAGCCAAAUGGCAAGGUACUAGGGAGGUCCCCCCUCACCAUCCUGCAGGAUGACAACUCCCCUGGAACCCUGACACCACGACAGGGUAAGCGGCCUUCUCCCCUGAGUGAAAAUGUUAGGGAACUAAAAGAAGGGGCCAUCCUGGGAACUGGACGACUUCUGAAAACUGGAGGACGGGCGUGGGAGCAAGGCCAAGACCAUGACAAGGAAAAUCAGCACUUUCCCUUGGUUGAGAACUAGGCUCUGCUUGGCCCCAUCACUGGGAUUGCCUGGGACCUGAUGAUGUCCUGUGUCCUCUCACCCUACCUUUCCCUGGGGUACUGAGAAAUGGCUUGUUGUCUUCGACUCCCCCUAAACUACCAACUCUGAGACUGAGAAUUCGAUUGGGCUUUUUUGUGUCUUGCGUGUUUUCUUGUAUAUUAAAGGAAGUGAUUUAAAAUGUU